AUGAUUACUAAGAAUAAAUACUUUGGUGGUGUAGAAACAGUCGCUCUUACUGCAGAGUGUAGUGCAAUAUUGCAAAAUAAAUCCCCACCUAAGCUUAAGGACCUUGGUAGUGUUUCCAUCCCAUGUCAUGUAGGUGCAUUAUUCAUUGAUAAAGCUUUAUGUGACUUAGCUUCUAGUGUGUCUGUUAUGCCUCUUUCUGUUUGUAACGGGUUGAAUAUGGGAGCUUUAAAAUACACACAAAUCACUUUGCAAAUGGCGGAUCGUUCUAUAAAAUACCCUUUAGGUGUUUUGGAGGAUGUCCCCGUUUGGGUUGGGAAAUUUUUUAUUCCUGUUGACUUUAUAGUUUUGGAAAUGGAGGAGGAUAGUAAUAUCCCGAUCAUUUUAGGUAGACCUUUCUUGUGUACUGCAGGUGCUGUUAUUGAUGUCAAGUCUGGGUCCCUUACUUUGUCUGUUGGUGAUUACUUUGUCUGUUGGUGA